AUGGCUGAAGAUAUAAGAUAUGAAGAACAUAAUAAAAGAUAUACAGAUAAUAUAUCUGUAGCAUUCCAUCAAGUCAUGUAUGGAUGCGAUGUUCGUAAUUUGCUGAAGUGUGUUUGUUGCUUUGAAGAGCAAAAAGAACCAGUUACGAGUUCAAAAGUGUUGCAUCAACUCAAUGCUAACCAAGUCGGAGGUAUUUCGUACUUGAAUUACAAUAACCAAGAAUGUAAUUUGUUUGGGGCAAGGAGAGAUCAUUACCAAUUUCUUUCUAAUAUGCAAAGCAUACCACUCGUUUCUUCAUCUCAAAAUUCCUAUUCACCAUCGUUGUCCACUCUGUCUAUGUCUGUCUUAGUAAACUGUUUGAAGCAAUAUUCUUACAUUGUUCAUCAGAUUGUCAUCAAACAGACUGUGCAGUUUCCGGAUUUAAGACUUAUUCAAUAUGAUAGCGGUAAAUUGCAGUCUCUAGAUAGAUUGUUACGUAAGUUGAAACAAGGAGGACAUCGUGUACUAAUAUUUACUCAAAUGACCAAGAUGUUAGAUGUUCUUGAACAAUUUCUCAAUUUCCAUGGACAUCGCUAUCUCAGGCUUGAUGGAACUACCAAGGCCUUUGGAGCAAGCUAUUUUUUAAGUUGCUUCACUCCGGCUUCGCUCCGACUUUGUGACACAUGCUCCCAGCUCCGCUUUGUGCUCCGAACUCAGAUAAAAAAUUAUUAA